AUGCAAAAAUCUUAACUUAUUAGAGUUUUAAGUGAUUCAAACAAAUCGCCACAUCCUUUUUCUAUGUCAAGACAAUUUAGUUCAGAAACAACAAACAAUUAAGAAAGCAGUUAGUGUUUAACAACAGAUAGAGAAAUUACUCGUUUGACUAAAUUAGUUAGUUUAUUAAAUAAAGAAAAUGAAUCUUUGUAAAUAAAAAUUAAGUAAAUGGAAUAAAUGGAUUACAAAACUAAAAUCUAAUCUCUAGAAUUAAAAAAUAAAUAGUUAGAAUCAUAAAUUGAAACAUUUAAGAAAUUACCAAUUGAUUAAAUCAAGACUUUAAUAGAUGAUAAUGAAAGAUUAACUAAUAUUGUAGAAAAUUAAUCAAACAAAAUUAAAUCACUCUUAACUUAAAUUGAUGAUUUCAAAAAUUCUUCUUUUUAGAAUGAAGGAAAAAAUGAAAUUAUUAUUUCCAUGAUAUAAGUAAGAUAUUCUUUUUAAAUAAUAGGAACUUCAAAAUUAGAAACUUUAUGUAGAAGAUGAAUACAAAAGGUAUCAAAUAUUGAAUAAAGAAAAAUAAACCCUCUAUUUAGAAUUACAAAUGGCCAAACAAUAGAUUAAAGAACUUAAUCAAACAAUUGAAAAAAUAAAGAUGAUUAAUUUGGAAAGUAGUGAUCCCAGUGACCUGCUUCAUCAGGAUUAUUUGAAAAGUCAUGAGGCAGUAUUAGCUUUCUUUAAAAAUUAAUACUGA